UAUUUAUCAUGUUCAAUUUAAGGAUCCGAAUACCAGAUCGACGAGGAGGACAAGAGUGACACAUCGUCGGAAUUUGCCACCAAUUACCAGAGUCCAGUCAAGCGCAAGAACAAAAUCUUGAGACAAAGGGAAGAAAAUGGAAAAAAGAAUAGAUUAGGAAGCGGUCCAGUUGCCUCAUCUACACCUAUGACAAGAGUUUACGACUUUUCAGAUGGAGAAGAUGACGGUCAGGACUUACUGAGAAGAGCCUCAAGCUGUAAGAAACAAGCUGCAAUUCAAGCUGAGACUCCUCGUAUGAGACAAGGAAAGUCAAUCCCCUAUGCGGAAUUUCUCCAACUCAUGAGGGUCAUGGAAGGACGACUUCACAGGGCCAUUACAGAUUUGAAGGGCGAAGUCGGCGACCUAAAAAAGGAAAUUGGAAACUUAAACAGCGAGGUUAGAGACCUCAAGAGCAAACUUACUGAAAAGAAUACACAGGUUACCGCCCUAACUGCAAAAGUUACACGUUUGGACAACAGGGUCCAGGAACCAACACAAACUUCGACCAAAUCCAGCAAAGUCAGUACAAACAUAAGGGCAGCAUUGAAGGCAGCGAUCGACCAUGCUGAAACUGAGAAAGGGUGGACUAUGGAGCCUAUGUUCACGUUGGAGUCCGCACAGAAUCGACAAGUUGUCAAAUACAUCUGGGACUUUUCUAAGGUGAUAGCUCCAAGCAUGACAAAACAGGAAUUUAAAGAUGGUAUGACCAGGAUCAUGUUAACGAAGAAAGAGAAGCUAUCCCGAACACGUAACGGAAAAGAGAAAGAACACACGGACGCGUCCAGAAAGAAUUCAAGGAAACUGACGGUAAGUUGAAAGAUUUGUGUUGCUGGAGG